AAUGUGAUAACAUGAAUGACUUGCAAACAGAGAGCAGUGAAAAUGGAGUACUACAAGGUUUUAUUGGUGUUGGUUUUUGUAGCUUUGUCUGCUAAACAAUGCUUGGCAGCUCAACACAUUGUUGGGGGUAGCCAAGGUUGGGAAGAAUCUACAGAUUUUAAUUCAUGGGCUUCCGGUCAAAAGUUUAAGGUUGGAGAUCAACUAGUUUUCAAGUAUAGUCCACUCCACAGUGUUGUCGAACUCCCCAGUGAGAGUGCCUACAAAAACUGUGACAUUGGAACGGCCGUAAACACCUUGAGCACUGGUAAUGAUGUAGUCAAAUUGACCAAACCCGGCACACAUUACUUUGCCUGUGGUACUAUGGGCCAUUGUGAACAAGGCAUGAAGGUAAAGAUUACUACAGAUUCAGGAACUUCGGCGUCUUCUUCUUCCGACUCGUCGUCAUCUUCCUCAUCUCCAACGACUUCUAUGGCUUCUCGUUCCUUCCGGCCUUUUGCUUUAGUUGUUUUUGUUUCGUUAGCUACCGUGUUGAUUUACAUCAUGUUUUGAAGUGUGUGAUGUUUGUUAAUUUGUAGAAUUUUAGAAGGUUAUAAUGUGUAUUCACUAUUCAUUUGUUGUAUUGUUGUUAAGAGAUGAGUAUAUGAUAUAUGAUAAUAAAGAUUGAAUUAAAGAGGAUUUUAUAAAUUA